AUGAGAGCAUACUGGUACGAUAACAUCCCGGGCGACCAGCGCGAGCCCCACGACUCUGGUCGUGACGUUUCCGAGGAAACCCUCGCCAAGGUUGGCGUUCUUUACAAGCACUGCCCUACCAUUGAGCAUGUCGACAAGAUUGCACUCGAGCGGGGGUACAAGAACCGGGACUCGGUUUGCGUUUCACCGCAGACUAUGGGCGACGUGUACGAGGAGAAGGUGAAGAUGUUCUUUGCAGAGCAUUUGCAUGAAGAUGAGGAGAUUCGUUAUAUUCUGGAUGGCGAGGGAUACUUUGAUGUCCGUGGUCAGGAAGAUGAGUGGAUUCGAAUCUGCUUGAAGAAGGAUGAUAUGAUUAUCCUGCCUGCCGGUAUCUACCAUCGGUUCACGACCAAUGAGCAGAACUAUGUCAAGGCUAUGCGUCUUUUCCAAGAUGAGCCCAAGUGGACACCGCUGAACCGGGGUGCUGAGGUCGAUGUGAACCCGCACCGCAAGACGUAUGUCGAGACAGUUUUGCAGACUGCUGCUACUGCCUAG